AUGCUCAAUGAUGUCACCCACAUCUUCAUGCGUAACACAACAUUUGGAGCUCCCCUCCUCGUGGUUGACUUGUGCACGCGGACCUGGAAGUUUUCUACUAUUCUCUUGAGCAAAGAUCUCCUGCAGACACAAAUCAUCAAGGUGCAAUUUGCCAACCAACACUUACCUCUUCGAGUAAACCCAUCGAAAACAGCAACCAAUCAGCCCUCAGCAGCAGCCAAUAUGUCUGAACCAAACAUCCCCCAGAAAAUGAAAGCGAUCCAAGUCGUAGAAUACAAAAAACCCUACGAAAUCCGAGAAGUCGACGUUCCAAGUAACCUCUCAGACCACGACCUCCUCGUCAAAGUCGCCGUAGCAUCAAACUGCCACACAGACUCCAUGGUCUCACAAGGAAUUUUCGGCGCUCCUCUCCCCCAAACAGCUUCCCACGAAGGAGGUGGCAAAGUCGUGAAAGUCGGCUCUGAAGCCUCCAAGAAAGGCUUCAAAGUCGGAGAUCGAGUAAUGGUCGGACUUCCUCUUCAUCCUUGUGGCUCCUGUGGGGACUGUCUGGGACCGGAGAACCAGCAGCAGUAUUGUACGAAGAUUGAGGGGCAUGUGGGUGUGACGACGAAUGGGUGUUUUGCGGAUUAUGUGAAAGCAGAUUCGAGGAAUACGACGAAGUUGCCGGAUGAGGUGAGCUUUAUGAGUGCUGCGCCACUGGCUUGUGCUGGGAGGACGGUGUGGAGGAGUGUGCUUAAGAGCGGACUGAAGUCAGGAGAGUGGAUUUGUUUCGUCGGCUCAGGUGGUGGGUUGGGGCACCUCGGCGUGCAAUUCGCGAAAGCUUUGGGUUUGAAGGUGAUUGGAGUGGACGCCAGAGAUGAAGGGUUGGAGUUGACGAAGCACUAUGGCGCUGAUGUCGUCGUUGAUGCGAGAAAAGGCAAAGAUUCGGUUGUCAAAGAAGUCCAGGCGGUGUCCAAGGGCCAGGGAGCAGACGCCAGUGUCACGUUGUCCGACCACAAAGACGCCGCAGGUAUUGCCUGCGCAGCCACGAAGAUGCACGGCACGAUGGUACAAAUCGCCCAGCCGGACAACAUCGAGAUCCCAUUUCCUGAGAUCAUCUUCCGAGAUAUCAGGAUCAUCGGAUCUCUGAUUUCAAGUGCGGAGGAGUCGAAGGGCAUGCUGGACGUGAUUGCAAAGCACGGCGUGACCGUGACGACCGAGAAGUUCUAUGGCUUGGAGAGUAUUUUCGACCUGGUCAAGCUAGUGCACGGUGGUAAGCUGAAGGGCAAAGCAAUUAUUGUGGUCGACAACGAGCAGAUCGAGCACGAGAAGAGCAUUGGUGCGAAGUUCUAA